AUGGGUUCUCCACUUAUCAUUCGACUUUUUGUCACGAUAUAUGUAAUUCUCUGCCUGGCGUUGAGUUGGAUUCUUGCUUGGAUUCUACAGGUGCUUUUGAUGAUUGUAACGUACCCUUUUAAGAGCCGUGCGUGGCAGCAAGACCAAUGUGGGUAUAUCUUCCGCUACGUGAACUUUAUCUCCACCGAUGUGGUAAAUCCAUUCUGGAAGGUGAACAUUCUCCGCCCAAUGCCGGAGGUGCGUUCUCGCAAGUUGCUUGUGAUGAUGAACCACCUGAGCAGCGCGGACCCCUUCAUUAUGAUCCGCGCGAUUCUCCCGCACGACGCCUCGUGGGUGGCGAAGGACGAUCUCUUCCGCGUCCCCUUCGGCGGCUGGUGCCUCCACAACGCCGACGACCUCAAGGUGUGUUUUAAGGACAAGCGGGCGGGCUUCGAGACGGUGAAGGGGACCGUCGGCGUGAUGAUGGAAGUCGCGCGGGCGAAACUCCGCCGCGGCCGCCGCCUCGCGAUCUUCCCGGAGGGGAUCCGCAACCGCAACCCCGCCGGCGGGCUGCUGCCCUUCCGCCUCGGCUUCUUCACCCUCGCCGUCGAGGAGGACGCGACGAUCGUGCCGGUGGCGAUCAGCGGGACGGAGAACUGCUGGCCGCGGGGCUCGCCUCUCAUGGACCGGGCGGAUGUGUACGUCUCCUGCGGCGACCCCAUUGAGGCGGGGCAGUUUGAAACAGCCGAGCAGCUCAGGGAUCGUGUGUGGGCCGCCAUCACGGAGCUGCGAGAGAAACACCCAGACAUAAAGGGACUGCAGGCCAAAAAGGAAGACUAG